CCCUUUUCAAGACAGUCUCACCUCGCGAGACUUGCAGCCCGGCCAUACCUAACCUUCCCUUGCAACCCCUGGUUCUCGCAGGAUCGUCCUCUCAGUCCAUCAUCUUCUUCCUAGAUGCUUCCCUGGGUUGUGGCGGCCAGAAAAAAUGGAUGAGCUCGUUGACAUCAUUACGCUCCAAAACUUGGAGCAGAAGAUGCCGCAAUGGGAUGCCGCUAGUUCCAACCAACUGUAUGCUUUGGUUGACAUGGGAAGCAACGGCAUCCGAUUUUCCAUCUCAGACCUUUCUCCUCCCCGAAGCAGACUGCUGAGAUGUAUGUAUCGGGAGCGCGCCGCCAUCUCGUUGCUCGAUGCCUUAAGUGGGCCAUCAUUGGCAUUUCCCGACGAGACUAUUAAGCUGGUCUCGCACACCCUGGCACGCUUCAGGGCUAUUGCUGUCGAUGACUAUGGAGUUCCUAUUGAGCAUAUGAGAGUGUUUGCGACUGAGGCAAUGCGUCGGGCUCAAAAUGCCACAACCAUGCUCCAAGCUAUACGAACCGCUUCUCCAGGACUAUCCGUGUACAUCCUCGCUCCCGAAGUGGAAACUCUUUUUGGGGCCGUGGGAGCUCGUUCAGGCUUCGAUAAUGUGAAGGGGCUGUUCCUGGAUCUCGGCGGCGGCAGUGUGCAGAUGACGUAUUUGGACACCUAUGCUGCGAAAGCCGGUGCUCAAGGGGAUGCUUUCAGCCCUGAGGUUGUUGCUGCGCUUGCCGGACAGAGCUUGCCUUUCGGUGCGGCCCGCCUGAUCAAGAUCUUCGACAGCGGCGAUUCUCAUGCCCAAGCGGCAGCAAUAUCGCAACUUCGUGGGGGCCUGAGUGCUGCAUUUCAAACCCUAUGUGCCAGGUUUUCAUCUCUUGCGACAGCUGCGGCUCAAGCCCAGCAGAUCACGGAUGGCAUGGAGGGUGAAGACAGGUCGGGAAUCGACAUUUACCUUUGCGGAGGAGGCUUCCGAGGCUAUGGAAGCAUGUUGAUGCACAAGCACCCGAUCCAACCCUAUCCAAUCCCCUUAAUAGGAUCCUUCACCGUCUCCGGCCAAUUGUUUGGCAAAACCAAGGACAUGCUCGAAGCCAACGAGUCCUUUGAUGGAAAGAUCUUCGGAAUGUCGAAGCGCAGGCGUGCCCAAUUCCCUGCUAUCGUCGCCGUGGUUGACGCGCUAAUAGCCGCGGUUCCCCAUAUCCGGUCUGUUACGUUCUGUUCCGGCGGCAAUCGCGAAGGGGCUCUGAUGAUGAGCUUGCCGCCAGAUAUUCGGGAUACCAAUCCUAUGACGGGCUCCCAGCAUAUCAUUGAGACUGCGCCUUCCGAUCGGGGCGAACAAGCAGCGAGCAUUCAGGAUGUCCUCGAUACGUUACGCUCCGCGUUUCCCCCAGAUAUCGACUUGGCUACGACGACUACCAUCUUCGGUCUACAGCUUGGCUCCUUCUAUGCCAACCAGAUCUGGACCCGUCUGGGGGACGAUGCGGUUGCAAACGCAUCAGCCGCUUUGCACAGUGCGGUCAGCUGUCCGGACCAGCCCGGGCUAACCCACCUAGCCCGUGCUGUGCUCGGAGUAACACUCUGCGCGCGAUGGGGAGCGUGUUUGGCACCUAUAGAUGAGCAGCUGCACAAGAAUUUGCGAGCUCUGAUGAAGGCAGCAGACCCAAACGCACCAUUCUGGGCCGACUAUACGGGAGCCGUCACUGGAGCAAUGGCAUUGCUGAUAAGAAAGUGCCCCAAAACGCAAGAUGCUCUCAAGCGCACGAUCAGGUUCCGGUCAACUGCAGAGCACGGCAAAAAGUUGAAGAUACAUCUAGAUAUUCUUGUGGGUGAAGAGGCAGCAAGGAGGGUUGAUCUUCAAACCCUAGUCGAGCUUUUCAAUAGCGUGAAAAAGCAGAAGCAUGGGGGGAUGAAGGUCAUAGUCACCGUUAACACAUCAGUAGAUCCGAGCCACUUAUGAGUCGAGGCCUCUGCCAAAACCUCGUACCUUGGUUCAUUCCCCCCUGCCAGUGUUGGCGGUGCAACCUGUCUCAGACAUUCUAGAUCGCCCACAAUUCCUGGUGCAUAAGACCGUAGUGCGUCCCUCGUCACUAUCGAACAACUUCAUCCCACUGGCACCAUCGCCACAGCCCGGCUGCAUGCGAUCGGCCAUUGAUGGACCCUAAGCCCCCAGCCCGCACAACCGUUUU